CUUGUAGCCAUCGUAGCCAAUAGAUAUAUAAGGAUUGAGAUAUCCGCCCCUUUUAUGUAGGUAAAGAGAUAUUCAGUUUAUCAAUCAAUCUAAGCCUAUAUCCAUCCACCUACCAUAGAAGGGAGCCUCAUACUUACUCACUUCUAACGGGUACACCUAGACACCCCUUGUUGAAUGAACCACCUGAUUUUACUUGCUGUUGCCUACCUACCUUCAAGCCAACACUCACCGAACAGCCUCGUUGCCUACACCUCCCCUAUACCUAGUUACAAUGUCCUCCGGCAACAGAGCCGCUGACCAACAACAACAGCAGCAACAGCCCUUAUCAUCGUCGCCACCGCCCUCCUCUGCCCAAAAGGGGAGUGCAGAAGCUGUGCCGCCCCAGUUCACAAUCGCCAAGACCUUCCCUCCGCGCGGCGGCAUGCAGCAGUACAGACUAGAUAAAUCGCAUAAGUUUACGUGUGGGCGCUGCCAGAAGGACAAGACGGCGAAGUUGGUGGUGGUGCGGGAGGGGUGGUGGGAGCAGCUGUGGUGUAAUGGGUGCUAUGGGGAGGUUUUGGCGAAGGGUUGAAUGGGCACUACCUAGGUAGGUAGGUAGGUACUGCGUAGGUUGGCUCUGGUGCUGAGGUGAGAAGGGGCGAUAUCCUUACUUUUUUGGGCGAGUUUUGUCCAGUAUGCAUGUAAAGUAUCUAUCUAGCCUCUAGGAAAUUGGUACAAAAGGAGAAGAGAGAUGCCAUACAAAGAACGAGAUGACUGUCCGUUGGCUUCAUCAGUCCUUGUACAUAGCAAGAUAGACAGCUGACAAAAUGAAAUAAAUAAAUAAGCCAGCUACGUGAACCCUACAUGCGUGUCACAAUAUAGUAUGCAAUACUCCUAGUAGCGAUGAGACUUUCCCGAACGGUUUUUACAUUCC